AUGUCAAUGGAACGAUUGUAUCAAGAGACGUCCAGUAUCCUACAACAAGCACACUUUGCGAUGGGACGGCUAGAACGUGCUGCAAACGAACGAGAAGCCCAAGAGAUCGUCCAGUACAUCAGAGAACAACUUCGGAUUAUCGAUCAGAACUGGGACCAGUUGGGGAUUCUGGUCAACAAAGAAUCGGCGGCCCGGCGACAUAUUUUAAAAAACGACAGUCAAAACAUCCACUACGCUAUGACGUCCAUUUACUCGAAUCUCACUGCAAAAUGGAAGGCGGCUAGUGAACGAGAAGAGUUGCUUCACCAGAGAUUCCGGACUAACGAAUCUACUAGACUGACCUUGGAUGAUCAUGAGCUGCAGAUGAAUGAUCGACUUAAUUCCUCUAAUCGACAUGUUGACGAUUUGAUAAGUCAAGGAGUUGCUGUUCUUGAGAACCUUCGUUCACAGCAUAUGAAUUUGCGUGGAAUCAGAAGGAAAAUUCUGGAUAUUGGAGCAGCUUUAGGAUUAUCAAGUACAACCCUGCAGAUGAUAGAACGGAGAGUAUCAGAAGACUGGCUUAUCUUCGUUGUCGGUUGUAUUGUAACCCUGAUAUUUAUGUAUGCUUUUUAUCGAUUUUGGAAGGGAUAA